GCAGCCCCCUCCCUCAGCCAAGUAAGCUAACGACUGCCAAGUUGGCUCAAAGAUCUCUAAUAGAAGCUAGUUCAUAAAAUGUCUCAACGUUGAUCUUACUCCAUCCGAAUGCUCCACAUUUCUUGGUACAAGGAACGAUUUCUCUAACUUCAGAAGAAAAUGGAAGUGCCUUCACUAUUUCUCUUUCUCACCCCACACCAUGUGUUGAUAUCGCGGGAUGGACGAGGGAGGCACGUGAGUGAAGCGUGGCAGAAAUGUGGAACGUCAAUGAGUGUCAUUCACAUUUACAAAUUUAGGAAAUUUAGAAAGGCGAUGUUGAGUGGUUCAAAAAAGUCGGUAAUGGCUUCGGGGGCUAGGUUCUUCAUCUUUGGAACAGCGUCAACGCCAGCGCUGUUAUUUUGAAUACUUUACCCUUGUGGACGAGCAUCAAGCCCAAAGCCUCUAUUUGAGAAAGGUGGUUAAGGUACCAUGGCUUCUCGUAGUCAGCGUAGAGCCCAGCAAUCGCGACUCGAUCGAGCACACGCCUUUCCAUACGGACCAAACGAUAAGCAGCCGAGGGCUCAGUAUGACACCGAUACGAGACGAUGGGAAGGAAAGGAGCAUAGUCGAGUGGAGUCCCCGCAGAAGUUCGUUCUUGGAAUGGAUUCCAUGGCAUCGGAGUCCGAGAGUGGCAGAGGCAUUGAAAUGGUGUCAGAGAAUACCUUCCCAGGUCCUCUCUUCCAACAUCCAAUUGAGAAAGGACCCAAGCUCCUUGACCAGUUGGUUCAACCCCCUCUAUCAACCUCGGGAAGUGGCUUCAGAAUGUCCUACGACCAUUCCCUCUUCGAGUUCUCGUCAACAAACGAAACGCCCAACAAUUCCUCAUUCAUCUUUGACAACAAUGAAUUAGCAAUGGCCUCGGCUGGACAGGCUGAGCAUGACGAAAUGACGAUUUCAAACGCGUUGCAGAAGCACGACGAUUCCUCCAACGAGAAUAUUGUAACGAUUUGGGCGCCCAUGGGCUAUAGUGUUGGUAUCUUCCGCGAAGUUCGGGAUAUUGAGAAGACUCUUGGAUACGGUGGGACAAUGGGCGAUGAUUUGACGAUGGAGGAUGACAGCGGCUUGAAUGGGGAUUCAUCUGACUUGGAUACUUCGACUACUGCAGCUCAGAUGGGUAGUCCUCGCCCUAGUGGUUUCUGGCCGAAGAAGGGUGGAAGCAAGAAGAAGAAGGCAGCUAAGAACACUGUCGAAGCCCAGAUGAGUGGAGUUAGCUCGAGCCCCGAAACAACGCGCUCCUGGAGAACGGGAAGGAGCAGAUGAAAGAGGUUCGCGAUACACAGUUCCAGGGAAGGGGAAAGCAGAGUUUAAUGUGCGUGGACUACUCUUAUGGAUGGUCCUGGAUGACUAGGGGAGAUUCUUUCGACUGGAGAGUGUUGUGUGGCAAUGACUGGGCUGCUCUUCUGGGUGGAUGCCUUGCAAUGGCUUGGGGAGACACUUUCGGCUGAAGACCGCUGCGUGAGGAUGCCGGGAAUGCUGAUAUAGAUACCUUGGGACGAUUCGAUGGAUAAAUUCCAGCUAAGGAGUCUGUAGUGCUUGUUUGUAGCUUACUUCCUGCUGCCCCAUGGCACAGUGCCACUUCCAGCACUUUACGUUCUUGGGUCAAUCAAGUUGCUAGGCUUUGCGCCUUGAUUUCAGAUUUCCAGCUCCGUGUCAGACAACGUCGUGACUGAAUAUUCUGCAGGACCUCUACUUAGAAGGGGCAGCUACCUGGGAUAUUGGUGUCGUUUAAUUUCUCCUGUG